GAUUUGACACAUCUAUCACACGGACUGAUUUUCUUGUUCUCAGUCUGACGGAGUGCUAAACAAAAACCAUGGCUUUCAAUACUUUAUUGAGAUUGAAUAAUAAAAUCCCAUUGAUUGGGCAACGAAUUCAGUCCAUUUCAACCACAUCAGCUCUUGGUAUCAAAGAAAUUGUGGUGGAACAAAAGAACAAAGUAUUGGAAAUAUCAGCUGAACUCAAGCCAUCACCACGGGAAUCAGUCCUAAUGAAGGAAAUCAUGCCAAUAGAAUCAAAGGAAAGAAAGAAAUUUUGUCCAAAGUGUACGCUCGGGCUCGACAUCAAACAUACUGACGUUCUGAUUUUAAAGCAAUAUCUACGUGAAGACGGCACUAUGCUGCCCAGACGUAUCACCGGCCUAUGUAAUGUUCAACAGAAGAACAUCGGUACUAUGGUUUUGAUGGCCAGACGUGCAGGUUUAUUACCGCUAGCAGUUCAAUUGGCCAGCAAAAAACCCAAUAAAUGCUAUGGUUACAAGAAACUCAACCACUACUACGACGAGAAAACAAUUAAAUAUGCUAAAUUAUGGAUUAAUGCCGACUAGUUUACAUGGUGUACACUGUUACAGACUGUUUUUUUUUGAUGAAUAGAAUAAAACAAUGGAUAGUUUUUAAAAGAAGUUUUUUUUUGUCGAGAGAUUUAAUUUGAAUUUGAAUUAGAGUGAAUCGUUUGAGUAAUUUUGAAAAUGGAAAAUUGGAGAAUAAUUUGAUAAUUUAGGAAAAAAACAUUUGAGUUGGAAAUUUAAAAGAGAAAUUGAAGUUGGACGUCUGAAUUUGAGGAAAAGUGUGAAUGGCUUAAAAGCCACCUAAUAAUUUUGAGGUCAUCUGAAGGUAAUUUUUCUUUAUAUUCAUUUGAUGUCAGAAAGUAAAAUAUUUGGGAAUUCUCUAAUCGAAUUUUUCAAUUUGAAAAUCAUAAAAGUUUUCUUGUUGUUUGGCACAAAACAACAACAAUAACAAUGUGGACCAAACACAUUGAUCGCAUACGGAACUGUAUAAACUCAUAUUUUGUUUACCGGUACAUACGGAUGUUCUAGAGAGCUGUUGCUUAGGUACCACGCAAUGCGUUGUCAACGCAUACCUCCAUCAAACGUUAACGUAUCAUAUUGAUUAGUCAUGAAUAUGCAGAUAAGGUGAUCUUCAAUAUCCUAUCCGGACGCACUAUGCGAUGAAAAAAAAACUUGUACACAAAACUAUGUCUAUCAAUUUGAAGAAAAAAAUUAGAACAAAUAUCGUCAACGAAUGUUUGCCAUUCGAUUUGCAAACUUUCUCCUAAAAAUGUAAACAUCCGAAGUUGUUGACAUUUUAUCUUAAUACUUUUCUAGACUAAGCAGUUCAAUACUACUUGAAUGCACAAUUAAUUGUGCCAUAUUUUUUUCUAUGUGAACUCAGUCUCAGGUAUUCGAGAAAAAAAAAUUGUAAAAAUGAAAUAAAUUGGCAUCGCUUGCAGAACAAUGGAAAAAAUUCGAGUUGAAUUUUCAAUUAAUUCAAUUCACCAACUUGAAUUUGAGUACAAUAAACUAAUUGCAAUCGCAAAAAGAGGAGAGAAAGAAACUCAAUUCCAAGAACAAUCAUUGUAAGACAUGUGCGAUUUUAUUGGCAAUAAUUUAUUGCGUCACAAAUGCAAAAUCAAAUAUUUGUGAAAUAAAGUCGGAUAUUUCUCGAAGAAAGGGGAAAAGCGGACGUAAGCUCAUCAUGAUGCAAGUUGAAUAAAUUAAGAAGUUAAAUAAUGUGAUUCCAGGAAGCUGCCUUGAAUGGGAGUGCUGAUAACAACUGCCAAUGAAGGAUAACAAAGGAAGUCGUACUGCACAAAUCACUCACUUUGUUCGAUUCGAGCACACAUAAAAAUUAUCAACGCGACAAUAAAUAUGAGUUAUCAAUUAUUUGUGAUACAACCAGCAAAACAGUGUCUUUGAUUCUGAUUGUCUGUCGCAAAAACACGUUAUAAAUGUAAUAAAAUGAAAUAAUUUGUUGAUAUUUUCCUAUUGCCUGCGAAUGAGUCAUCAUCAUACUAAAUGAAAGUUUGUGAAUUGAACAUUUUUGCAUCCGAAGAUUAAGUCCAAGUCAUUGCCAUAGAUAAGAGCAGCCGUGGGGUAUUUUCUUCAAAGUAUCAAUCCGUACAACAACAACACAACCAUUGUGCUGACCGUAAACAAUUCACAUGAAAUUCGAUUUCUCAUUGACAUUUCCAAGCAAUUAUCAAUCAUGCGGCAUGACGUUCAAAAAUGUUUUUCUUCGGGCAUUUUGCGACGAUUUACAUAUUUUCAAUUAGCACUUGUUAUCUGCUAUUUAAGCAAGUACACCAAUGACAAUCAAAAAAUUGACAAACUCGUCGAUUCGACGUCAAAAUAUUGAUAAAUAUGUGACUUCAUGGGGGUCAUUCGAUUUAUCUCAUGACCUUUUAUUGCGCAAAAAACACAAAAUUGGUGGUAAAUUUGGUUCCGGUGCAUUUUUUUUUAUUUAGAAAUUCUAAUCAGAGAGAUGGGUCCUUCUCUUGUUGAGUUGAAGGUUUCAAGUUGAAGCCUAUUAUGGUUUUUUCGGUGCAAUCAACAAAUCGUCUCAUAUACGAGAUUUCAUUGUAAUGAAAUCAAUUUACGUGAUUUCUCGUCUCUUUUUGCUUAAUCCGACAGACAGAGUGUAUCAAACACAAAUACUAGCGCCACAAGCGUUUAAACCAUGUGCGUUAUCAUCGCUGACCGAAUAUGUUCAGUGAACACUGUUCACACCGAGCGCCGCGGCUACUCUAAUCGCAACACAUUUAAAUCGAUCACUUUCUUAACGAACGCUGGACCGCGAACAACUAGUUGCGAAGAGCAAACCAAAAUAUCAAUUAGUGAUUUAGUUAUUGAAGGAAAAAAAGUUUUUAUCGAAAGAGAAUCAUCAAAUUUUUUAUUUAAAAAAAAGGAAUUUUUCAUAAGCGGAAAUAUUAAUUUGAAAAAAAAUUAUUAAUUUCUCCUCAUUAAACAAAGUGUUUUAAUUUACAUCAAGUGUUUUGAUUGAUUCGUUGAUAUUUUUUGCUAUGAACUAAUGAUUUAUUUAUCAAAAGAGUGAGAUUUCUAUGUAGAAAAGUGCCAAAGGAUCAAUUAUUUUUUCCUUUUUUCAAAUAAAAAAUUAUUGAUUGGAAUUUUGAUAAUAAUAAUAAAAGUGAUCUCUACUCGAAAGAGUCUAAAAGACAAAUGUGAUUAAAUUGAAAAACGAGUUUUUACCAUUUUUUUUAAGCUUCAAAACCAAAAAUCAUUUUAAAAUCAUAAGAUGAAGACGUAAGUUCUUUCUGAGAAAUAAUAAUCUACCGAUCUACAGAUCGGAACACCGAACAAUAAAAGACAUAAACGAAUGCUACGUAUAAAUUGAUUGCGCAAAUAUAUUUAUUAGAAACGAAAAAAAGAUGUUGUUGAUGUGACUGCCCAGGCUUAGGUUGUUUCUUCACUAUAUGUCGAAAUUAGCUGAAAAAUCAAGUUUCACGAAGACGAAAAAAAAAAAACGUUAAAAGUGAAAGGCAAGCCAAAGCAUAAAGUAUUAACGAGAGAAUGCAUACAUGGGCAAUACAUUGCAUAUUAUUAUGGGCCAUAGCUUAGUGUAAUUUUGUCGGCCCAUCUAAUAGGCACGUAAAAUGAAUUUUGUCGACUUUGUGAAUCUUGUCUAAGUUCCGGCCAAAAAACACAUUUGAAUCGCUGAUAAUAAUUAUAAGGUCACAAAUUGAUUAAAAAUUUCAUGUUUUUCGCCACAAAAAAAGUGUUUUCAACAGUUUGUUAUCAAUCAUGAUUUUUCGGUGAGUGCUGCACUAGCAUCACAGAUACAUUGUUAUAAUUCACAACCUAGUUAUCUGUCGGUUAUUUUUAUUUGCUAGAGUUGAAUAAAAAUGGAAAGAAUGUGAAAAUCCAGUCCAAAACUGUGCGUUUCAAUUGAAAUGGAACUUUGUCUACACUGUGAGACAUUCUUAAAUUAUGACGAUGAACAAGAAUUCAAAAAGGUGAAAGAAGAAAGAAAAAUUCAAAAAAGAAAAUUGAGAAAAAAGAAUAGAAUAAGAACUGAGGAAAGAGAAAAGUAAAAGAAAAGAACAGCAAAAUAAUGAAGAAAAGAAAGAAACAGGGAAAGAUAACAAGACAAAAAUAACGAGAAGAACAAAAAAUGUAGAAUAAAAAUCUAAGAACAACACCAAAAACACCAAAAAUAAUUACAAUUACAUCUAAUUGAAGAGCUCAGUUGAAUGAUCUAAAGCGAUUAAUUGGAGUAAAAAUUCAGUUGAAUGAUCUGCGAUGAGUAGAAGGUCAUUUCUCAGUGGAAAAUUCUCGCCUUUUGGUACAAAAUGAAUUCACUCCAAUUAAUCUGCUGCAAACAAAAAGGGAGUCCAAUCCAUCCAUCCAUCCAAAAAAAGAGAGUUUGAACACUUUAUUCUCCCAAAAAAGUGUCCAGACUGCCAUGUCACUAGCCACAGAACUAUAAUCAAUAGCAUAAAAUUGACAAUUUUUGUCACCGUAAAACUUUCCGUGCGCGAGAUAAUUUUUUGUUCAAUGGACAAAAGGCAGUGAAAAAAAGUGUCGUCGACGAGAAAAAAAAGCCUGUUUAUGGAAUUAUACAAUUUAUUGGUUGAAAUUUGUGUUUUUCAAACAUGUCAAAACUAACGUAAUGUGGAUCAUACUGAAACCUCUCUGAAUAAAAAAAAGAAGAAUGAGGAAGUAAACAAAACGUUAGAUAGAUUUAAUGACAAAAUUACAAAGAACGAAACGAAAACGUCCAAUGUCGCUAAAUGUUUGAGUGUGGCGCAUGCAAACGAUAAAUAGCCAUUGUUAUUGCGCUGCAAAUGGUAGAGAGUAUGUGUUAAAAAUGCUAAUAGAUUCAAAUGACACGUAUGAUUAUGUAUACUGUCUAAAUUUAUCACUUGUUGAGUCCAAAUUGGAUAAUCGUGCAAGGGGUACUCCCAACAAUAUUAUAUACUGGAGUCCAAUAUUAUACAAUGAGGAAAAAUUGAUGCAUAA